AUGAAUAAGAAGAGGAAAAUCACUCAACAAGUUAAUAAGGAAGAACCUGUGAUAAAGAAAUUGGACACCAAAUAUCCGGAUUUCUUUGUUAAUCGGUUCCAGCACGAUGUUUCCGACGCAUUGAUUUCUCAGCUAAAGGACGAUACGGUUUCAAAGAAGACCAUAUCAUCUAAAACUGCAUUCCCAGGUUCGACCCUUCACAUUUCCUUAAACCCCAGUUUCCACGGGGUAAGUGGUGAUUGUGUUGUUUCUAUUGUUGCUUGUAGAUAUUGGAAAACAUUGAAGAUCUUCCACUGGUCCCGUCAAAAGAAUUCGUUGAUAAAAGGUUGCUGAACGAUAACAUUAUAACUGAGAUUGAGCAAACAAAAAUGUUGGGAAUAAUGGGUAGAUACCUCGACCUUUGUUAUGCGUCAAAGACUCGCGAGUAUUUAGUAAGUUCUAAUAGAAAUUUUAGUUUUUGUUUUAGGAGCCAUGUUGUUAUCAUAUUUUAAACCAUUUACUCCGUUCCAAGAAUCUUAUUAUAAGCAAUCAGAAGCGUUUGGAGAAUGCAAAGGUAACUUUGGUUUUGUUUUGAUUGCUGAAACGAUCUUUAGAAUAAUCUAAGUGAUGAGUUAAUAGAAGACUGCCGGGAUCAAGGGCUUAAUCGACCAAAAGUUUUAAUUCUGGCUCCAUUUAAAAAAGAUGCAUAUGAGAUUGUUAAAACGAUAACGAAAAUUCUGCUUGAUGGCGACAGAACUCAAAUUCUUAAUCUGGCAAAGUUUGAAGAGGAAUAUGGGCCAACGAACACUGGAAUGCACGAUAAAUGGAGGGCACCCCAGGAGUUCAAGGUUGUUCAAUUCACGUUGUAUUGAAAUUGAUUUUUAGGAUCUUUUGUCCGGAAAUGUGGAUGAUUCUUUCCGGAUGGGGAUUUCCCUCGGAAAGAAAGCAAUCAAACUGUUUACAUCUUUCGAAAACUCGGAUGUUAUUCUAUGUUCUCCUCUUGGCCUUAGGAUGAUUAUAGGAGAUGAGGAGGAAGAAAAACGAGAAACUGAUUUUCUGUCGUCGAUCGAGCUUGUUGUUUUGGAAAGGGUAUACUUUUGCAUUUGAUCAUUAUGUUUUUAGACAAAUGUGAUGUAUAUGCAGAACUGGGAACAUCUACUUACUAUUCUCGCAGCAUUAAAUCAAAUUCCUCAGGAGGUUCAAACAGACAUUUCGAGGGUCAGACAUUGGGUGUUGAAGGGACACGGUCCAAACUACAGGCAACUUAUUGCAUUCUCCGAGAUAAACUUUGCCGAACUUCAUUCACUCUUUGCCGAAGAAAAAAAUAUAACAGGACAAGCAAAGCUCACUCAAAAUCCUUCGGUUAUGUUGGAAAACGUAAUGUUUCAAAAAUGAUUGCGUUAGAGAAAGUAUGUCCUACCAAGACGUUUUCUUUUUAGAUUGAAGUGCCCAUUUUGCAAGAACUUCAUCGUUUUGAUUGUGAAGAUCCCUCGCAACAAUCGGACUUGAGAUUCGCGUAUUUUGUUAGGAAUGUAUUACCCAAAUUAAAACAAGGAACAAUGGUCUUUAUCCCAUCUUAUUUCGAUUACAUCCGGAUCAGAAAUUAUUUGAAGAAUGAUGAGGAAAGCUUCUCCCAAAUUCACGAAUACGCAUCUGAUGGGAAGAUCCGCAAAAGUCGAAAGGCCUUCGCCAGCGGCGAAAAGAAACUACUUUUAAUUACAGAAAGGUAAUCAGAGAAUCAAAUACAGGGUCUUUCAAGAAACGUGAAGGAAAGUAGGAGGCUAUAACUUUCGGCGGAGGCGGCGCAGAGAACUCGUUUUUGGAAUAUAUAUUUUUAAGCGACAUUAUUUUUUGCCUACGAAAUAACAAGCUUUUAGAGUGCAAACUGAGGUCGCUACGACCUUCUGAAGUAGAGGCCUCUCUACCCCGAAAACCAAGUUUUUUCGGUUGAAAAUAAUCGUGAAAUUUCGGUCUUUUUCGGUUGAAAAUCACCAAGAAAUGUCGGAUUUUUUCAGGGGUUUCGAUAGAGUUGACGUUGAAAAAAGGGAAGGAUGUUGCCAACACGUUGGCAACAUUAUUUGCUUAAUUUCCACUUCAGAAGGUCGUAGCGACCUCAGUUUGCACUCUAAAAGCUUGUUAUUUCGUAGGCAAAAAAUAAUGUCGCUUAAAAAUACAUAUUCCAAAAACGAGUUCUCUGCGCCGCCUCCGCCGAAAGUUAUAGCCUCCUACUUUCCUUCACGUUUCUUGAAAGACCCUGUAGUAUACAGUUUUGUUACAGAUGUCAAUUCUACCGACAUUUUGUUGUAAGCGGAGUCAAAUACAUUGUUUUCUACCAAAUGCCCAUCAUUCCCAGGUUUUAUUAUGACAUGAUUAAUAUGAGCAAAGCUGAAGGAACUUUACAUACUACUCUUAUUUUUUGUAAAUACGAUGUUCUAAGGGUUCAAAAUGUAUUCGGGGUAACACAAGCGAAACAACUAAUGUUGUCUCAGAAAAAGUUCCACGCGUUAUUGAGUGAGUGA